AUGACAUUAGAAGAUGUGCAGAAUGCUGCUCGAAAGGCAGUGCAAUUUGAUAGCAAUAAUCAAUAUAAACAAGCUUUGUAUUAUUAUAAUGUAGCUGUGCAAUAUCUUGCAAAGUUACAAGAUCCUAUAUAUGAUCAGAAGCUUUCAGAGUAUCAGGAGAGAAUAUCAACAAUUCAGGCUCUCAUUAAUGAAGAAGAACAAAAACAUCAUAUAGCACAAACUACACAUCAGUCUAAGUUACAAAGAUGUAAAUUUCUUAUGAAUCAAGCACAAGAUGCAGAUGAGGCUGGUUUAAAAGAUAUUGCUGUCAAACUAUACACAGAUGCUGCUGAAUUAGGACUAAGUGUGAAAACUACUGAUGUAGAGUUAAAAGCAAGAUUAACAGAUAUUAUAAGACUUGCUCUUGACAGAGCAGAGUCAUUGAAAGGUUUAAAAACAAUAGAAGAUAAUGAUGUUAUUUCUAAGUUACCUGUUGUACCAGAAACAAAUCUGGAUGAAGAUGUAGAAGAAUCACCUAUAACAACUACUGUAGAUUCUUCUAAUGCAGGUAAACAACCUCAGUCAUCACUUUAUCAUGGAAGUAGUGCAUACUUAAAAGUAAGUGGUGGUAGUGCUAACUAUACAGAGGAAGAGAAAAGGGUUUUGCUUCUCACAUCCCACAUCAAUGAUCAUGAAUUUGUACCUUUUAUGCGCAUUGAUCUUAGAGAAAAAUUUCAAUAUGCUAUUCCAUUUACUGACAAAGAUGGUUUGCUAAAAUUAGCACCAAAACAAAAGAUAGACUUUGGAAGAUGGUGUCGACCAGAAGAAUUAUUCUCAGAUCCAAAAAUGGUUAAAAUGCACCAUGUUGAUUACUACAGUAUAAAACAGACUGUCAUUUCUGAUUGCUCUUUUGUUGCUUCUCUUGCAGUUAGUGCUCAAUAUGAAAAAAAAUUUGGACAGAGACUUAUUACAUCUAUUAUUUAUCCAAAAAAUAGAAACAAAGAACCAAUUUAUAAUCCAUUUGGAAAGUAUAUGGUGAAAUUACACAUUAACGGUGUUCCACGCAAAGUUAUAAUAGAUGAUUUAUUGCCUGUAAGCAGAACCAACCAAUUACUUUGUUCCUACUCUAGCACUCACGGAGAGUUGUGGAUUUCUUUACUCGAGAAGGCAUAUAUGAAAGUAAUGGGUGGCUAUGAUUUUCCUGGCUCAAAUAGCAAUAUAGAUUUGCAUGCUUUAACUGGAUGGAUACCAGAAAGAUGGCCCAUUAAAUCGGAUGAACCUGAUUUCAACAAGGACGACCUAUUUAAUAUUUUGUUAACGCGUUUACAUAAAGGUGAUGUGUUAGUAACAGUUGCCACCGGAGAAUUAUCCGAUGCAGAAUCACAGAGAACAGGCCUUACAUCCACUCAUGCCUAUGCAGUUCAUGACGUUAGAAAAAUAAAUGGAGAAAGACUAUUACAGCUUAAAAAUCCGUGGUCGCAAUUCCGUUGGAAAGGAAAUUAUUCCGAACUUGAUGCAAUACAUUGGACGAAUGAAUUAAGAGAAGCAUUAAAUUAUGAUCCAGAUUCUGCAUCUCAAUUUGAUAAUGGGGUUUUCUGGAUCGAUUACGAUAGUAUAUGCCGUUUUUUUUGUGUUUUUUACUUGAAUUGGAACCCUGGGUUGUUUAGCUAUACUUAUUGCAUUCAUCAAAUGUGGAAUGCAGGAAUGGGACCAAUGAAAGACGCAUAUAAUAUAGGUGAUAAUCCUCAAUUUUCACUAGAGGUAAAAAAUAACGUUAGCGGAGCAAUAUGGAUUCUUCUUACGAGGCAUAUUACGGACAUAGUAGAUUUUAGACAGAACCAAAAAUUUAUAACAAUAUUAGUGUAUCGAAACGAUGGAAAAAGAGUAUAUUAUCCACAUGAUCCGCCACCAUAUAUCAAUGGUGUCAAAAUAAAUACACCACACUACCUCUGUAAAAUAAAGUUAGAUGCUCAAAGUGAUAGCCGGUAUACUCUAGUCAUAUCGCAAUACGAAAAAACGGAAACAAUAUACUAUACCUUACGUGCGUAUGGAUCCUGCGAAUUUUCAUUAAGAAAGAUACCAAAUUUUUAUAAAUAUGAAAAAACGGUUACUGGUCAGUGGAAAGAUAUUACAGCUGGUGGGUGUUUUAAUCAUCCCACUUACCAAAAUAAUCCUCAUUACCAAUUGGUUUUAGAAAGUUCAAGUAAUAAUAAUUAUUUGCUGGUUAUAUUGAAGGGUCCUAAACAAUAUCAAAUAGGAUUUAAUGUCCUUUCAGUUGUACUAAAUGAUCCUGAUGCACCUAGUGCAUUCAAAAUGAAAAGUUCCGCGCCAUUCAGGUCAGGGUUCGUUUAUCUUGAAUUAGAGGAUGUACCAGCAGGUACAUACCAUAUUAUUCCAUCAACAUAUAUCCCUGGACAAGAAGGGCAUUUCUUCUUAACUUGUAAAUCAUAUUGCAAACUUCAACUUCAACCACUUCAAUAA